AUGAAGACCUCUACCAUCUUGGCUUUCGCCAUUGCCGCUGCUGGCCACGCCUCCGCCAUCUGUCCUGGUUACAACUACGGCAUCGGCAACCAGCACCCCCUCGACAAUGGCCUCUCGGCCUGGACUGUGUAUGACGAUAGUUGCAACCCUGUUGACGGGCUGCAAACUUCCGGCAAUCCGUGCACCCAAGGUAUAUUUACGUGCAGCGGCGAUCCCAUUCUCUUCACUGGCUAUCAUAGCUCUGUCACGGGCCUGGAGUACGCUUGCCGUCAGGAUCCCAACUCGGGCUCCUGUGGCAGCGAUGUCAUCUCGGUCUGUUGCCGCAACGACGGGAACUGA